AUGUUUUUUUCGAUUUUGCCCCCCCCCUUUUUAAAAGUAAUUCCGCAUUCUAUUCCCACGUCGUCUGCAUGCCACCCCCAAGCUACCCCCAUUACUGCCACCCGGAUUAUCAUCUCUAAUAACUGUGUCGUCUGUUGUUACUUGACAACGCCCGUCUCCUUUUCUUCCUUUUGGGCUUCUGUUUCCCCGUUCAUAUCUCUCCAUCUAUCUAUUGUACACAUUCAAUGUAUUUAUCUGUUUUUAUUUAUUUCAUAUCUAUCUAUCUAUCUAUGUAUUGAUCGAUCGAUCUAUUUCCUUCUAUUCAUAUCUAUCUAUCUAUCUAUCUAUCUAUCUAUCUAUCUAUCUAUCUAUCUGUUUGUCUGUCUGCCUGUCUGUCUAUCUAAAAGUUGUGUGUGUACACGCCAUCUUUUUCGAUUUAAUUUACCCUCCUUUCUCUUUUCGCUCUUUUUAUCGUCUGCUAUCUUCCAAUUGAUUUUUCUUUUUUUUUUUUUUUUUUUUUUUAUGGCAUUUAUUUUUUCAUGA